GAGCGACGAGAGCGCGAACGGCACAAAGGAGACGGCGCCGGUUUAAAAGGAGUUCGUUGCCUUCGCGCGCCAUUCGUUUCGCCUUCGCGCGCGCGCCGACCGAUGUGUACUCGCUCCGCCGGCUCCUGGAAAUCGAUUUUUCAUUUGGUACAACGACGACGCAGAGGAUCGAUGAGAGAGAAAUUGGCCGGGGAAGAUAAACAUGUAAGAGGACAAUCAGGCUGAUUUGAGCUCGCUCACGACCUUCGCCGCCUUACCCACACUCUCGGCAAGCGAACAAGGAGCAAUUUUUACUAUACUGCGCCUCUACUCGCGGGCGAGUACCUACAUUUUCUUUGCUCUUCAUAUAGGAAUGAGCGGAUUGCUUGGCCGUACGUUUAUAUGAAACGUGAAAGCUGUCUGUGUAUCACGAGUGUGUAUAUAACACGCGCAAGUGAAAUAUUAAAGUGGCUCUAGAAAGGUGUUUCGAAUUCGUCUAUCGAAACUUUGCUUCUCGUCAAUUUCGAUAAAAGGCGAUGCUUAGCUGAUGAAUCAUUUUUCAUUUAUAUUGACAUCGUCGUCAUGACUUUCAAGGUAAACAACCCGCUCUCCUGCACAUAUUAUCAACAACGCAGCGCUUCGUAGGUAUUGUAUAACUAUAUACAGCAGGUAGGCCCUUUAAAUGGAGAACAAUUUCCCCCGGCGCGACUGCCACUCCCGUGGCGGCGGCGGCGGCAGCGGCUUCUCUCCGCCGCGUCAGGCCAACGGCGGCAGCGGCGGCGGCAGUAGCGCAGCUGCAGUCGCGCCGCGAGUCAGUCCGCUCCUCGCGUCCUCCGCGCCGUCCACCUCGAGCAGCAGCAGCAGCAGCAGCAACAAUAACAACAGCGGUCUCGGUGAAGCCAGUACCUCGUCGUCGUCGCGCAGCCGGCGGCCCAAAAUGGAGACGCAAAAGGACAAGGAGCUGCGCGGCAAGGCCCACCAGUACUACAAGGCUUUGCCUCCGGCCCUCGCUCCGACCCCGUCGUCCACCUCGGCUUCUGCCAGCUGCUGCUCCUCCGCGGCCGCCGUCGGCGCUGCAGCCCUGGCCGACAAGCAGUUCGUCUACCAGAACCCGGACCACUGCGCCUCCAGCUUCCCCACCUUCGAGCACAUCAGGCGACAGGGCAAACUCUGCGAUGUCACGCUCAAGGUCGACGACCAGAGUUUCAGCGCACACAGGCUGGUGCUGGCUGCGACGAUACCCUACUUCAACGGCAUGUUCCUCAACGACAUGGCGGAGAGCAAGCAGAAGAACAUAACUCUCCAGGGCUUCGAUUCGACGGCGCUGGAGGCCUUCAUAAACUUCGCCUACAGCGGCCGCAUAAUCCUGACGAACGACAACGUCCAGAGCAUAAUGGUCGGCGCGAGUUUCCUGGGCCUGCACAACGUGAAGAACGCCUGCGCGGACUUUCUCAAGUCGCGCUUUCACCCGCACAACGUCCUCGGCAUCCGGAACUUCGCCGACAUGCUCAGCUGCACACCCCUCCUCGACCAGUCAACCAAGUACAUCUACCGCUUCUUCGAGGACGUCUCGCAGUCCGAGGAGUUCCUCAAUCUCGGCUUCGACGACCUGCGCGAGCUCAUCGGCAACGACGACCUCAACAUCAACACCGAGAAGGAGGUCUUCGAGGCCGUCAUCCGAUGGCUCAAGCACGACGUCGAGGCUCGCAAGGAUAAGUUUCCCGAGCUUCUGGCGCUAGUCAGGCUGCCGCUGCUCUCGCCCGAGUACCUCGUCGACCACGUCGCCAAGGAGGAGCUCGUCAGGACGUCGCAUCAGUGCAGAGACCUGCUGGACGAGGCCAAAGACUACCACCUCGUUCCCAACAGGCGAUACCUAAUAGACAACAUCAGGAUUCGGCCGAGGUGCAAUUUCGUAAUGGGACACAUUUUCGCAGUCGGCGGCUUGACCAAAUUCGGAGACUCGUUGAGCACGGUCGAAGUUUACGAUCCGUUUAGCGGAAAGUGGAAAACGUCCGAGGCGAUGACGACACUCAGAAGUCGAGUCGGCGUCGCUGUACAUAAGAAUAAAUUGUACGCCUUCGGCGGAUACAACGGCUCCGAGAGGCUCUCCACUGUCGAAGUCUACGAUCCCUAUCAGAAGUGCUGGAAGAUAAUAGCCCCGAUGCACUGCAAACGAAGCGCCGUCGGAACGGCUGCCUUGAACGACUACAUAUACGUGUGCGGUGGUUACGACGGUGUGACUUCCUUGAAAACGGUCGAGAGGUAUUGUCCCGAGAGCGACAAGUGGAAGAUGGUGUGCACGAUGAACAAGCACCGAUCCGCCGGGGGAGUCGUGGCUUUUCAAGGAUACAUCUACGCGCUGGGAGGACACGAUGGUCUAUCGAUAUACGAUUCGGUCGAACGAUACGACCCGCGAAUGGACACGUGGACGGUUGUGAAGCCAAUGUUGACGAGGAGAUGUCGCUUGGGAGUGGCCACUCUCAACGGGAAACUGUACGUUUGCGGAGGAUACGACGGCUCGACGUUCUUGCAGUCGGUCGAAGUUUACGACCCGAAAACUGAUUCGUGGAAGUACGUCGCUCCGAUGAACGUGAUGAGGAGUCGAGCAGCGUUAGUGGCAAACAUGGGCAAACUUUGGGCCAUCGGGGGAUACGAUGGAAUAUCAAAUCUCUCGACAGUCGAAGUUUACGAUCCGGAAACCGAUGCUUGGUCCUUUGCCUCGUCGAUGUACGCGCACGAGGGUGGAGUCGGCGUUGGUGUCAUAACACUGUGAUAAACGCACUUGUAAAACAAUCUCUCUUCCCAGUCAUUUUUUUAUUUUUAUCUACGUCGAUUUGAUUGGUGCUAAAGUAGUCACUCCCUAAAAGUUAUUUGAAAUUAUGAAAUAAUUUCAUCCAGAACUGAAAGCUUUAUAAGUUUAAUUUGGAUAUCCUUAUUAUUACAAAGUCUAAGUGUAUUCUUGUUUCCUAAUGUAAAACCACUGAAACAAGCGUAGCGAUUAGUUAACAUGGCUAGUGUUCCAACUCUCGAAAGCGUGAAAAUUUUGCGUCCCACCUAAGACUUGUUUUCGAUCUUUUUAUCACGACAUUAGCAUUUUUAUUCACAUCAGAAAGUCUUGUACGUAUUGUGAAUAGAUUCAGUGUACCCAAUUAGGAACCUGUAGGCAUAGCUUCUAAUCGAUUUUUACUAGCUUUUUACAAUCAAUCAAGCAAAUUGAUGAAUGACUUAUCGAACUGUUUACUGUUGUUAUACGAUUGAUCUCAGAUUUAUUUUCUACACUAGAUUUAUGUUUACCUCGUGGUUAUAUUAUACGAUGUAUAGGCGUAAUUUAAAUAUUUAUGUUUCAUACCUAUGUUAGUAGCUUUAUUUUACAGAUGAAUAAAAAUUAGAUCCUAUUCAAAAUCAAA